AUGAAACCUCCAGUUCUGGUAGCCCCUAUACCAGGAAAGCCAUUGAUUCUAUAUAUUGCAGCCCAAGAAAGGUCAGUGGGAGCCCUUUUGGCCCAGGAAAAUGGUGAAAAUAAAGAAAAUUCCCUCUACUACUUGAGUAGGAUGAUGACCCCAAAUGAGCUAAAGUAUUCUCCGAUCGAAAAGUUGUGUUUAGCGUUGGGUUUCGCAAUUCAAAAGCUGAAGCACUACUUUCAAGCUCAUGUCAUCCGUCUCGUCUCAAGGGCGAACCCGAUCAAGUUUGUUAUGUCAAAACUCGUCCUGAAUGAUCGAUUAGCAAGGUGGUAUCUCCAAUUUCAACAAUUCGAGAUUGUGUAUAUCCCACAAAAAGCCGUGAAAGGACAAGCUUUGGCAGAUUUCUUGGCAUAUCAUCCAAUUCCUGAUGAUUGGAAGUUGACUGAUGAACUACCUGAUGAGGAUGUGAUGGUCAUCGAAGUGCAACCACCGUGGAAAAUGUAUUUUGAUGGUGCCGCACAUCGUGAGGGAGCUGGUGCAGGUGUUGUGUUUGUCACUUCUCAAGGGGAAGUCUUGCCAUAUUCCUUCACCUUAACACAACAUUGCACCAACAACGUUGCGGAAUAUCAAGCACUUAUACUUGGGCUUGAGAUGGCCGUUGAAAUGAGACAACUCCAAUUACAUAUUUUUGGAGACUCUGAGUUAGUGAUCAAUCAAUUGCUAGGUAGCUACAAGGUCAAAAAGCCAGAGUUGCGUCGUUAUUAUGAUUAUGCACAAAAAUUGAUUGGAUGGCUUGGCAAUACACAAAUCACUAUCUGCCAAAAAUGGAUAGUGCCGCCAGAUGAGAACGAGGAUGAAGAAAGCAAGCUCGAGCGUUUGGUAGCCGUCGCUGAAGCUGUGAAGGUUGAUUGGCGACAAACCAUGAUCGACUACUUAUGUUAUGGGAUACUUCCAGAAGAUCCAAGAAGAAAGACCGAAAUUCGUCGGCGUGCCCUUUGCUUCCUUUACUACAAAGACACUUUGUAUCGAAGAUCAUUUGAGGGAGUUCUCUUGCGUUGUUUAGGGGAAGAUGAAGCAACUCAAGCUAUGCGAGAGGCACACUCUGGAGUUUGUGGAUCACAUCAAUCCAGGCCAAAGCUCCACUUCCACAUUAAGAGGAUGGGUUACUACUGGCCGACAAUGGUGAAAGAUUGCUUAGAUUAUGCUCGGAGAUGCAAGGCUUGCCAGUUUCACGCAAAUUUUAUACACCAACCUCCUGAAAUGUUACACCCUACUGUUGCAUCUUGGCCAUUUGAUGCUUGGGGAUUAGAUAUUGUUGGACCACUUCCAAAAUCUUCUGGAGGACAUCUAUACAUCUUGGCCGCAACUGAUUAUUUCUCAAAAUGGGCAGAGGCCGUCGUUCUCAAGGAAGUGAAGAAAGAGAAUGAUGCAAACUUCAUUCGAGUGAACAUCAUAUAUAGUUUCGGCAUUCCUAGUUAUAUAAUAACAAAUAACGGCAAACCAUUCGAUAACAAAUUGAUGACCAAGAUCUGUGAACUUUUUGGCUUCAAGCAACAUAAUUCGUCAAUGUAUUAUGCUGCUGCAAAUGGACUAGCCAAAGCAUUUAACAAGAUGCUUUGA